AUGGAGUCGGUGCCGCAACAGCAACCGCCAUCACCACCACCACCACCAGCAACACCGAGAGCACGAGUAGAACCCCGGAGACCGGGGCUGACUCGACUCAUCACCUCGUGCGCCGAUGCUCUCUCAAAGACGCUCACCCAGGGGACAGGAGACCACGGAGACCUCGCGACUUGGUGUCCCGACCUCGGUGUCUGCGGCGACGGCGACGAUCGGUCCUCGGCAACGGCCACCACGUCCACGCUCACGAGUGACACGCUCGCGUCUGCGCGGGCACAGUCAGACAUCGCGCGUCGCCGGGGUACGAAGGGUCCAGAGAUGGGCGAGAUCACGCAGGACGUCGAGCGAGGGUCAGCACGCGAACAGCCAGCGCAGAAAGAACGGGAACCGGACGACGACGACGACGAGGAACGAGGGUGGAGAAAGUUUGUCAGAUAUUUUACGCCGUCAUGGUAUACGGUGACGAUGGGAACAGGAAUCGUCUCGAUUCUCCUCAACCAGUUCCCGUACGGGGCGCGAUGGCUCUAUUGGCUCUCGAUCGUGGUAUUUGCGCUCAACGUCGCCUUGUUCCUGUUCUUCCUCGCCGUCUCGACGGUCCGUCUCGUCAUGUACCCGGCCACGUGGACGCUGGCCAUCGAUCGGCCCAGGACCAGACUCUUUCUGGGCGCCAUCCCGACCACCAUGUCGACGAUCGUGAACAUGUGGGUCUUUGUGUGCGUGCCCGCCUGGGGGGAGUGGGCGGUAUACUUUGCCUGGGGGCUGUGGAUCGCCGACGCCUCUCUCUCCCUCCUCUUAUCCCUGUACCUGCCGUUCGUGGUGGUCGCGUCUCGCAAUAACGAGACGCCCCUCAGUUCGUACACGGCGCUCCAGCUCUUCCCGAUCAUCGCGUGCGUCGUGUCGUCUGCGUCCGCGGCCGUCGUGGCCAGUGUCAUCCCUCACCCGCACCAGGCCCUCGUCACCGUCAUUGCAGGAUACGUUCUCUGGGGUUUGGGCGUGCCGACCGCUCUCUUCGUCAUGGUGAUCUAUUUCCAGCGCUUGACCAUCCAUAAGCUUCCUCCCCGAGAGGUCAUCGUCUCGUGUUUCAUGCCGAUUGGGCCGCUUGGCAUGGGAGGACUGGCCAUCACGAAAUUGGGCACGGUGGCAAGAGGCCUAUUCCCGCGCACCGACACCAUCCAUCCUCUCGCUGGUGACCUGGCAUAUAACCUGGGCGUGUUUGUGUGCUUGAUUUUCUGGGGGUUUACCUUGCUGUGGCUGUUCCUUGCGGUGGCGAGCAUCUGGAAUUGUGGUCGAUUUCCAUUCAACAUGGGCUGGUGGGGGUUCACUUUCCCUCUCGGUACGUUUGCUUUGUCGAGUGAUGCACUUGCUGUGGAAGUGCCGUCAAGGUUCUUCAGGGUCAUUGGAGCAAUAACGUCAGUUUGCGUGUGCCUAUUGUGGAUGCUGGUCGGCGCUGCGACCUUGAGAGAUCUAGUGACUGGUGGCAGGAAGUUGUUCCACGCACCGGGUCCAGUGAAAAAGGUAGUUGAUGGGAAUCAGGGUCUCAGAAAGAUGGGUCAGGUCGAAGAGAAACAGGCAUAG